GAAGUGUUUUAUUUUACCUAAAAGAUGCCUUCCAAUUUUCUCCGGCUCAUUUAAACCUCCGCAGCCCGCACAACCGAUCAACCACCACUAACUAAUCAAACACCGCCGCCGUCCACCUCCACCUUCACACCGCGAUGGCUUCGCCGCCGUCAUCUCCCCCACCACCCCAAUCAUACCCCCUCUCACCAAACCCUGAAUCCAUCCCCACAUCAUCCAAAUCAACCUCCACUCCUAAAAAAUCAGCAGCUUUUCCCUGGUCCCACGACGAAACCCUAGCCCUAAUUCAAGCCUAUCAGGAAAAAUGGUACUCUCUCAAAAAAGGGCAGCUCAAAUCCUUCCAGUGGGAGGAACUCUCCGUCACCGUCGCCGCCCGCUGCGGCUUCGAUGAGCCCACCAGAACCUCCACCCAGUGCCGCCACAAAAUCGAGAAGCUCCGUAAACGGUACCGCUCCGAAUUGCAGAAGCCGAACCCUAAUUCGUGGCCGUAUUUCGAGCUCAUGGAUCAUAUGAGACGGGGGCCCAUGCCACUCAGUGCAUGCCCAAUUUCCGCCUUUAAGAGUAAUUCUUACAACAACAGUAACAAUGUCAAUCAUAGUUACGGCGGUUCGUAUUCGGGUUCGGUCGAUUAUUGUUUUAACAAUAAUAACAAUCAGAGCGAUGUCGGUGGAUCGGACGACAGUGAUGAGGAAUGGAAUGCGGCGGCAGCCAAGAAAAAUAAGUCGAAGAGUAUUAAUAACAUUGUGCAUCGGGAUGGAAAGAGAGUAGCCGUGGAGCAGGAUUUUAAUGGCGAGGGCAGUAGGGUUGUGAGAGGGUUGAGGAAUGUAACGAAUGGGAAACGGAAGCAGUAUUGUGAUGACGUGGAUGAUGAUGUGGACGAAGAGCUGCAGGUGGAGGAGCAAGUGGAAGAAGGUGAUGGAGGAAUGAAAUUGGCGGAGGGAAUUAGGGGUGUCGCCGAGAAGUUUAUGGAAAUGGAGAAUAGAAAGAUUGAGAUGAUGCGGAAAACGGGGAUUCAUUGGAUGGAGAUGGAAAAGAAGAGGAUAGCUAUGAUUCUUGAAGGGCAGAAAAAGAUUCUCAAUUUGAUUGGUAGUGCAUUUGGGGCGAAUAAGAAAUCGAAGAUGGCUCACGAAAGUUGAAGGCUACGUGUUUUUUGGCUCCUCGGAAUAAUAGUGGCUCGUUGAUGUAUUAACUUAUUCAGGUUUGUAGUUGGGUUUUUUCUCGGAAGAAGCGACAGUUUUAUGGUAAUCUAAUUCUGAUACUUAUUUGUUCUCAAGUGCGCAAGUGUGUGUAUGCAUGUUCAUUUCGGCCUUCCGCUUGAACUCGUUUUGCAUUUCUAGUGUUCAUAACUUCCUCGUGUUUUAAAUGGAUAUGCUUUCAAUGUUUUAUAGUGUGAAACAAAGCAAGAAAGUAGGAGAAUUAAAUCACGCCGUAAAAACAAUGGUUGCGUGUUCAUUAAAUAUGAAAUCUUGUCAAUUCUAAGAGGCUUUUUUGUUACUAUAUUUAAGCGAAGUUUUGCAAUCUGAGCACAUGUAAUACGGCAUCGUGUAUAUCGAUUCACACUAUUAGUUGAGGUAAUUUGAUGCAUUGCAUUGCAAAAGGAGUUGCUGAUGAAGGUCAUUGUGCCUAUAUAAAUUAACAUCAUUACAUUAGUCUGACAUAUAAAUAAGUUGCUAUACUUUCAAGAAAAUCGAGAAAAUGGCAAAAACAAGAAACGCUUCAAGAUUGGAGGAGCAAGCAAAGGAAAGACGGAGAAUUGGCGAAUCAAGCACCGGAAACCAAGAAUUGGGUUCUGGCGAUUAUCAAACUAUGGCUGCCUAUCAAGAAAACAGGUCAGAUGGCUCUGGCUUCACUUUACCGUCAAAAAAACACAAGUUUUCAGAGCUGGAAGAUGAUGAAAUCCCGCUGGAGAAGAAUAGUGCACCAUCCAACAAAAACCAAGAUUCCGAGCUUGAAGAUCAAAUCCCACAGCAGAAAAUCCCGCCUACUGGGGCAGGUUCUAGAUACUGCUUUAAGAAGACGUUAAAUGAACAUGCGGUGAAUCCAGAAAGCGCCAGGCUGUACCUCGACGAAUACGAAGCAAGCACGAUUAUCAAGCAUCUGAAGAUUGUGGGUAACCCUCAAAAUAGCAGAUUGCAUCCAAGGGGUCUUGUAGUAUUCGAUGAAGUGGACAGGCGAUGGGAAAUGCUGUUAUCGCAAUGCACAUACGGAGGGAAAGUGUGUUACAAACUAGGUGGCGAAUGGAGAGAAUUUGUUGCGGCGCACAACUUGAGGAACGGAGAAAAGAUCGCCUUCUUCAAAAAUCUAGACAAAACUAUUUGUGACGAUCACUACUAUAUUAUAAAGAUAGCAACGAGGAAGCGUGAUGGUAAGAAAGCGGACGAUGUUGUUUCAACAGAGUAGAAUAUGUUGUCUUUUUUUAUAGUUGUUCUUGGCAAGAGAUUGCAGCAGUUAAGACUGUUUUUUUUUUUUUUUUUUUUUUUUUUUGGUUUCUUCAUUAAAUUUUAGACCAUUAUCAAGGGUGUUUUGUAAUUUUAAUAUUAUUUAAUAAAAUCUUUAUUUUUCAAA